GCAGUUUAUCGCAAGUGCUUCGAUCGAGAGGUAUGUAUCUAAAAUUUGUGCUGCUAUUGGCCUGCCUGAGCCUGGCUAAGGCUACUAACCAGGUGCGCUAUGACAACUACAAGCUGUACAAAGUCCAUAUCAAGGAUGCUGCAGAUCUCCAGCUGCUCAAUGAGAAUGAGAAAGCUCUGAAGCUUAAUAAAUGGCGGCCUGCGAGUCGUCCAGGCGACUCAGCGGAUAUUAUGCUGUCGCCUAGGUACCAGGAGGCGUUUGAGUCUCUGCUCCACAGCCACAACGUGAGCUAUAGCAUCAAGAUCGACAACGUGCAGCGCCUGAUCGAUGAGCAGCGGCCAAAGCAACGAAUGAGCUCGAUGGAGUGGACCCAGUACCACACUCUGGACGAGAUCUACGCCUGGCUGGAUCUGAUCGAGGCGCGUUACCCUCACGUAGUCACACCCUUCUCGAUUGGCAACUCGCAUGAGGGUCGUCCGAUACGUGGCAUCAAGAUCUCCUACAAGCCGGGCAACAGCGCCGUCUUCAUCGAGUCAAAUAUUCACGGAAAUGAAUGGAUCACCUCGGCUACGAUCACAUACUUCAUCGAUGAGCUGCUCGUGCCCAGAAAUCCGGCUGUUAGGGAUAUAGCCCAAAAUGUGGACUGGUACAUUAUUCCCGUGCUAAAUGUGGAUGGCUUUAGCUACUCACACAAUGUGGAACGUUUGUGGCGAAAGUCUCGUCUGAGCUCGGAUCCCACUGGAGAAUGCGUAGGAACCGAUUUAAAUCGCAAUUUUAAUUAUCGCUGGAUGGAGGCUGGCGCUUCUGCUGAUCCUUGUGGUCCAUCGCCCGAGUCCGAUCCGGAAAUUAGUCAACUGACGAGCUACAUUAACAACUCCAUACCGGAGGGUAUUAUAAAGAUCUACAUAUCCAUGCACUCGUAUAGCCAGCUAGUGCUCUCGCCCUGGGGCCAUACGGCCGAGGAGUUUCCGCCACACUAUCCGCAGAUGAUGGGCGUAGCCAAAGGAUUUGCCGAUGCAGUCUCCAGGCGCUAUGGCACGCCAUAUAGCUAUGGAUCCAGCGCCGCAACUCUAUAUGAAGUUUCUGGUGCGGGCAAGGACUGGGCCUAUGGCGUCAAGAACAUAACCAUACCCUUUACCUUAGAGCUACGCGAUAGGGGCGAAUUCGGAUUCUUGCUGCCGCCAGAGUAUAUAUUACCUGUGGCCCGUGAGACCACGGAGGGAUUCGUCGGCCUGAUACAGGCUGCCCGUGGAAUUAAUGUCUUGUGAGCAGCUUAGCACUCAAUAAAGAAACCCCCACCAAAA